CCUGUAUGCAGCAAUGGAGUCCAGGCAGCUCUUUGUGUUCAGCGCUCUUCUUGCAUGUGUUGGUCUGAGUGAUGGUUUCCUGCUUGGUAUGAAACCACUGAGCUACUGGGGGGCUGUGAUGCAGACUCCUGAAGCAGUGCCGGCCCAGUCAGCAGCAGACCCUGUGAAGGAGCCCUUCAGUCUGUUUGCUAGGCCUGCUGAUGUCUUCCAUUCCAAAUGGAUCCAGGCUGCAGGCCACCAAAACAAAUGGAGGUUUCCAGAAGGUCCGGCGGCUCCGGUGAGCAAGCGUCCCGUGGAGCUGAAGGUGGAGCAGCCAGUACCGUCCAGCAGGGUGGCUGUGAGGUGUGGAGAGAGUAAGAUCCAUGUGGAGGUGAAGCAGGACCUCCUGGGCCUUGGCAAGCUGGUGGAUCCAGAGGAGAUCACGCUGGGAGGCUGCCCGGCUGCUGGCAUCGACCGCCUUGCUCAUGUGCUGAUCUUUGAAUCGGAGCUACAUGACUGUGGCAGCACCCUGGAGGUAUCUCAGGAUGGCCUCAUUUAUACCUUCAAGCUGAUCUACAACCCCAAGAUAUUUGCCAGGAGUCCCAUCAUUAGGAGCCAAAGAACAGAAAUUGAUGUGGAGUGUCGCUACAGCAACUAACCCAGGAGCAGCUCUGAGCCUCACUGGGAGGCUGCUGCAGACCAUUACUGGCUCAUGGAAAUAAAAUGUUUAACAGAUCUUCUCUGGUUCUCUGCUGUAAAAGUGGUUUGCAUUCCUAAAAAUCAUUUCUGAUCUAAUCACUUUGUGGCACUAAAUGGCAUUUGAUGCCAAUAAGAUCAAUUUUUACUUAGUAGAUUGCAUCUACUGGAGUGGUUGACUUUGCAGGACACACUGUAGCAACUAACCUUAAGAACCAGGUUACUGUAUGCAGGCUUUGAGUAAACGGACACUACUGCAGGAAUAUGGCCUCUAAUGGCUCAGUCUAGAAAAGCAAUGUUGAAUUCUUGCGUCAAAGCAAAUUGAAAGGGAGCUUAUUCAGUUUCAGUAAAAGCUGAACCCGUUCCUAUGAAUGGGAGAGGAAAACGGUUCUAAACACCUUGGAAAUGGAAGUUUACCGAAGC